AUGGGAAUCAACAAUCCCAAUGUCCGUAGGGCAUCAGACCCCCCGCCGAUCUUUGCUGUGGGCCGAACAAGAUCUGCCAUUCUAGCGGCCAAGCUCAGAUUGCUCAAGAGCGCGUGCGGUGUCUACACCCUCUUCACCUUGAAGCGAUCCAAUGAUGGAGAGGCAGAACUUCAGACGGACGAUGCUAAGGAUGCUGAGCGAAGAGAAGGCGGCACCAGUGCUGUUCUUAGCAACGGUCCAUUCCCUAUUGCAACGAUCGACUCCACUGCCAUGGACAGUAAGCAGGCUGCAGGACGCCAUCCCUCGGGAACAAUUUCAAAUCUGCCUCCCGAACUGCGCUUCUCCUAA